ACGUACCCCAGGCCCAGAGAACGUAUAGUAGUACACAUCCAUUCGAUCGAUUUUUCACUUUGGAGUUCAGUUUCUAGAACUAGCCAUGUCGAGCCGUAGAUCUCGUGCUGCGGGCCUGGUUCUCGCCUGCGCGGCUCUCAUGGCGGCGGUGUCCGGCGCCGGCGCGGCCAAGUACACCGUCGGCGGCGACAACGGCUGGGCCGUGCCAGCCGCCGGCGCCGAGUCCUACAACACCUGGGCCGAGAAGACCGGCUUCCAGACCGGCGACCAGCUCCUGUUCGUGUACCCCAAGGACAAGGACUCGGUGCUGCUGGUGGAGCCGGCGGGGUACAACGCCUGCAACACCUCCGCCUACGACAAGGCCUUCAGCGACGGGAGCACCGUGUUCGACCUCGACCGCGCCGGGGCCUUCUUCUUCAUCAGCGGCGUCGACGCCAACUGCCGCGCCAACGAGAAGCUCAUCGUCAUGGUCUCCGCCGCCAAGGGAGCCCCGCCUCCGAGCCAGCAGGGGUCGUCGCCGUCUCCUCCCUCGGGUGACGCUGACGCCGACGCCGGCAGCGCGAUGCCUUCUUCGCCCAACACUCCAGCCACGCCGAAUUCUCCGCCGGCCGCCGCCAACAACUCGACGGCCAAUGGCGGGCCUCCUGCCGCCGCCAACGGUGCUGGCUUCGCGGUGGCUGGCUUUGCCGGCUUGUUCAUGGCGUGGUUUGGAUAUGCCAUGCUUGGUCUCUGAAUCUGAUACUACUUAAUCUGCGAAGUGAUUUUUCACUGGUCUUUUAAGGUCCAGAUCAGAGAAUGUUAAUUUCUACUGUAAAAGGCAUUGUGUCUUUGUGCCUGUACUCUUUUAGUCGUGAACCACAUGUUGUAAUGCAAUGCCGCAAAUCACCAACGCUAACAUGUACGCAAACUGAAGAACCCAAAUGAAGAACAUUUCAGUGUCCAAAAAUUCAAA